UUCGUCUAUGGUGUAUUGUUUAACAAAUUAAUUUUUUUGGUUUCUACAAACUACACUAGUUCUUUUGGAUUAACAGAUUAUUAAUAUUAUUUUUAAAACAAAUUAAAUUAGAAGUGUUGUCCCAAAUAUGGUAAAGCGGGCUGCUGGCUUUCUUGUUUUUCGUAUAUUAAAUAAUCAGAUAGAAUACUUAUUAUUACGCGCAUCAUAUGGGAUUCGUCAUUGGUCUCCACCAAAAGGACAUGUGGAUCCAGGAGAAGAUGAUUUUACAACAGCGCUGAGAGAAACUAAAGAGGAGGCUGGGUAUUCUGACUUAGAUUUAAAAAUAUACACUAAUGAAACGAUGACCUUAAAAUAUGACGUUGACGGAGUGCCUAAAUCUGUAAUUUAUUGGUUAGCUGAAUUGGUGAAUCCUUGUAAAAACCCUGUUUUAUCGGAUGAACACACAGAAUACAAAUGGCUGCCGAAAAAUGAGGCAAAGGAACUAGCCAAAUUUAAAGAUUUUCAAGAUUUAAUUGAUUUUUUUCAUGACAAAAUAAACAAAUAAUUAAUUUUAAAA